UUAAGUCAGUACAUCAUGUUUGUGAAGUGGACCAGGUGCACUGCAUUACACCAACUGCCUGUAAAGAGACUGACACAACCUUGGAGGGAACAAAACGAGCGAACACCGGUACGCCCCCAAAAGUGAAGUUGUAACGUAUUGCCACAUUGCCUGUGGUGUUAUCACAUACAUUGAUCUCAGUUGAGGAUGUCUGUAGUAAAAGUCCCGGAUGCUGGCGGAGAUGAGAUCAAGCUCCUGGAAGUGGACGGCCAUCUGUAUCCUCCCUCCUCCGUUGACGUCAUCAGGGGCAUCCGCGACCUCCCCAUCAGAGACGAUGACGUCUUCGUCUGCGCGUAUCCUAAAUGCGGCACUCAUUGGGUGUGGGAAAUGGCCCGUCUUCUUCUGUCGAGCGACACGGAGGCUGUUAUAGAGAAGGAUGAAUUGAUGUUAGAGUUCAUCGGAAAUGACGUCAUCGAAAAGUUCCCGUCCCCGCGAAUUUUAAAUACGCAUUGCCUUGUUGAGCAGCUACCACGUGGUGUGUUUGAGAAGAAGUGCAAAAUAAUAUACAUUCUUCGAAAUCCCAAGGACAUGGCAGUGUCGUACUACCACCACCACAAGAAACUUCGAGUUUAUGAAUAUAAUGGGAAAUGGGAAAAUUAUUUCCCUUUUCUUAUGGAUGGGAAAGUUGACUUCGGGUCGUUCUUCACCUACCUCAAGGACUGGGCUGCUAUUGGCACAACACAUCCCGAGUUGCCGACCUUGACCUUGGUGUAUGAAGAUCUGAAAGAGGAUCCUCUUCCUGGUAUUAGAAAGUUAGCUAAGUUUCUGAAUUGUGAGAAAUCAGAGGAGUACUACCUGAAAGUAAAAGAAUUGACGAGUUUCAAGAAAAUGAAGGCAGCGAAAGGCACCAUCAUACAAGCAACUGACGGUGCAUCAGUUAUGUACAGAAAAGGGGAAGUUGGCGACUGGAAGAAUCAUUUCACCGUGGCCCAGAACGAGAUAUUUGACAGAACAUACAAAGAGAAAAUGGCUGGUUGUGACAUCAAGUUCAGAUACACUGUGUAGUGCGCACUGAAGGAAAGAGAAACAAUAGCUAACAGAUGCACAAACUACACGAGAACAGGAAUUCCUACAGGUUAUCGAAUAAAACUGAAUUUAUUACGCCAGAGAA